AAAAUAAAGUUUGUGAAAGGAAUUUGAGGUUAGGGAUAAUAGAAAUCAACUUGUUUUGAAGGAUUUCUCUGCUCUAAAUUGUCCAGGAAUCUGGGUUUCUGUUAAUGUUUAAGUGAUGUCCGACGAAGAGGAAGCCAAUGUACCCACAGAGGGAACUGAUGAGCAAGAAGAAGAUCCCAAUCAGGAAGAUUUUUGCCGAUUGUGUGCAAAAAAUAUCAAAGGAGAGGAAUCAAUUUCAAUUUUUGACGACAAUCUCCAUGAAUCCCUCGAUGAAUUGCUCGGGAUUGGUGUUGGAGUUUCGGAUGUAUGGCCAAAGAGAGUGUGUCCAAAGUGCAUCCGGAAAGCAACGAAAUCGAUAAAAUUCGUUCGUGGAGUCCGAAAGAGUGAGGCUCUCUUCAAGAGGCUCUUCGGUGCGAAUGGACCUGUUGUGGAGUUUGUCGUGAAGGAAGUAUCAGGGGGCGUGGAAAUGGAUUUCAACAGUGACAGCGACGACGUGGAAGUAAUUUCGGAUGAUGAGGCAUUCCCGGAGGAUGGUGUGAUGAUCAAGGAGGAAGGUGAAGCGCCUGAUGACACAGAUGAUUCAAUUCCAUACCUAAAGGCAUCCGAUCCAAUACCAGAAGCCUACCUGGAGAUGGAAUACACUGCAGAACAGCCGUAUAUUGAGCCACAGAAUGAAGAUGAAGAUGCCCUGCCAGCUGUUUUAGCACCACGACGACGCUACAAGACAGAUGCAGAUUUCCGGCGUGUUGAGGCGUACUACACACUCAACUGCAUGUACUGCCUUAUUCACUUUACACGACUCAAAGAGCUUCGGGCGCACUAUCGUGAAAUGCACCAUCAGGAGGGUUUUGUUCUGUGCUGUGGCAAAAAACUCUUCCGUCUCACCUACAUGUUGGACCACAUGGAGUACCAUGCAAAUCCCGAGGCAUUCAAAUGCGACCAAUGCGGCAAAUGCACAGACAGUCAACUCCAUCUGCGUACGCAUCAGCAGCAAGCGCAUCCGGGUAUCUACAGUCGCCGGAAAAAGGUGAUUGAACGCCUGUCUGAAGCCACAAAACUCAAUCGUUUCCCGUGCGAAUACUGCGGCAGGGAGUUUGACUACAAAUGCGCCAUGGAACGGCAUGUGGCGCAAAUUCAUCAAGGUGGCAUCUACGAGACGUGCAGUGUGUGCUGUAAGCAGUUCAAGUGUCGCAUCUCCUACCAGAGGCAUAUGCGCCUUCAUGAAAUGGAAAUGUCUGCGGGGAAUGUUUUUGUCGACGAGACUGAUCAGGCGGUGCUCAUCAACUGAUUCAGUUGUGUGGUAAGUGAGCCUCGUACUUCCUCUCUGUUUUAGUUAAAUUCCUCCCACUUACAUUCAUUGUGCAAUAUUAAGAUCAUUAUUAUACGGGAAUAUAAGGGCCCCAAUGCUCCAAUAUUGAAUUUUUAGACAAAUAUUUGUAAAUUUUCAAACCUUUAAAGAAUCUGUUAAACAUUUUUUUUUCUUAGAUUUUGAUUUGUGCUAUAAAAUUGUAAAUAUAUAGAUUUUUAUAAAGACUGCAUGUUGGCACUGAGCUAGAUUGAACAAUGAUCGUGUUAAAUAUCCGUAAAAUAUCAACAAUUUAUCGUGUUAUAUAAUUUGAUUUUUUGUGUUUUUUUAAUGAACAAAUUUUUUAAACUUUCUAUCUGCAAUAGUACGUGAGAUAUUGACGGUAUUAGAUGGAAAAUAAUUCUAAAUUCUUUUAAAUGAAACAAAAUAUAAAACUUUUUCAAUUUUCUUUUGAACAGUCUUAUUUUUUUUAAUAAGAGAAAGACUGUUUAAAACUACCCACAUGUAUUAGAGUAUUAAAAAAAUAACUUUUUUUUAUUUAAUUCAAAAAAUAUUUAAAUUAAAUGGCAAUUGAAAGAAUGGAAUAUUUCUGUGCAAUAUUAAACUUACUUUUUUGUUAUUUGUUACAUAAAAAAAAUACCUUAAAAUUUUCGCAUUUAGACCGUUUCACCACUAAAUCUUUAACUUUUCGUCAAAGACAAUUUUUUAUUAUUUUUUUUUCGUUGAUUUAUUCUAAAAAUGUUAAAUUGAAAAUAUUUAGCUGCAUUUUUAUUUUUCAAAAAUAUAUUGUGGUUCUUAAAACGUUACCUGUUUCACCUUCUACCGUAAAAGAACUAAAAUGUCAAUGAGCUAAAACAAUUUAUGAAAAAGAAAGCUAAGAUUGGCUUUAAAUAGUCAAUAUGUAUUAGAGAAAAUUAAAAUAAUAUAUUCCACCACACUAGAAGAUAAGAUUUGCAAAAAAAAAAUAAAUAAAAAACUAUAAAUGAAAAUAGAAUUUAUUUUUAAUAAUAAAUUUAUUUCAGGCAUGUCUUCAGGUAAAUCAAUUACAUUUCUCUUUAUGAACAAAUUCAGGCUCAAUUUAUUUACAUAGAUUUUUUAUUUAAAAACAAAUCAUAUUUAGAUGGGAAUGUGAGGAGUAUAUAUUUUAAUAAAAGGGAGGGGGGGUGUGAGGGUGUGAUUUAGCUCUCUCCUUGUCAAUGGCACAUCAGGGUACACAGCAGACCCAACCCGCGUGAACUUUGCACAUUCUCUUCUCCAGCACAGAGAAGUGAAUGGAAAGUUUGAUUUUAUUUUUUGCGAAGAUUUUCAAAGAAGGCAAUAUUGCUCUUGAGCCGUCCAGGCAGGAGUACCGGACUCGGGGGCCUCUCGGGGCUUGAGUGUCUCUUGCCUUUCUCCUCUUCUUUAGCUACAUGGCGGGUCUCGGGGGCUGUCUCAUCUUCCUGGCUUGUCGAAUGUCUGUUUUGAAUGCAAAAAAAAAUUGUUAGAAAAAAUGUCUCAAUUUUGUUUUAAUUAGAAAUAAAAUCUCACUUCAAUUCGUCACGGAAUUGCUUCGACAAACUCCUAGCUGUGAUACUAUAUCCGGGUACAAUGGGGGACUUUCCAUUGCUGGGAGAGCUCUUCUUCCCACUCUCUGGCACCUUUGUUGUCUCCUCUUGGUCUGCCUGAAGAGGUAGCGACUAAAAAGGAAUUAAGUUAAUAAUUUCAAUGCAUUUCUUUAAUUUUUCUUGUUUAACCAUCUUUCUUCAUUACCGUUCUCAAUUUUAACUAAAUUAUUCCAUUAUCCAUUGAAAACAUACAAUUAGAGAAAAGCGAAUGAAGAUUUUAAAAAGAAAACUUUUUUUUUUUUUUGAAUAUUUGUUUGGGAGAAAAACUUACUUUUGGUCUAACUUUGGGCUUCUGAAUGCGUUCUGAUUCAUUUGAUGUGUUCGUGAAGGCGCUCAUGAGCUUCUUUACGGACGGUAAAGUUGGCAGAACUUCCUCCUCAAUCACCAUUUUAUUGGUCACAUCGCUGUUAUUGUUGAUCUGAAAAAAAGUUUUAUUUUUAAAUGACAAAAAAAUCAGUUUUUGUUUUCUUUUAUAUGCUACUGUCUUUUCUAACGUUUAAUGAUUAUGUAAAUGAAGAAGAAUAAAAAACCCCUUACCUCAACCUUCUUUUCGAGGGAUGUGCCAUUCAAUACAGUCGAUUUUGUGGGACUAGUUGGGGUGGUUGAAUGGGUGAAAACUGGCGGUUUUUUGGGCGAAAAGAAUUUAACUGUAUCCGGUGAUACAGACUUCUUCACCGUCGGACUCUCAAUUGUCUCCUUUUGAACGAUUUUUCGUGUCUCCUGAACUUCUUCGUGGAUUUCCUCUAGUUCCGUUGUUUCCUUCUCAAUCGCCUGAAGGGAAAUUGCAAAAGUGGGUUGAGGUUGAUCGUCAGUGGGUGUCGAUGGUGGGGUUCGGGUACUCCCUAAGGGUUUACGGGAGCUCGUAAUGACGCUCUGACGCAAUAAGCGCGUUUCACGUGUUUCAAUCUCAUAGAUUCUCGUCGUGUCGGAAUCCUCACUUGGUGUCAGGCUGUCCGUUAGCUGAAGGGAUGCGUUGCUUGUCUCCGAGGAUUCAAAACUCGUGCGCGUCAGGGAAUCUCCGGAUGCUUCGGCUUCAUCCACACGAAUGGGUGUUGCCACAAAAAGGCCCGACUGUUGGGAAAGAGAGCAGAAAACUGUCUUUUGCGCCACAUUCAACCACUCAAAAAUUAUCGUUUUAAUUGUAAAGAAAAUAAAAUGAUUUCAUGAUGAUUCUUUGCGCUCUUUGGGAGUUUAUUGGCGCGAUUCUUAUUGCUUCGCGGAAGUUACGCAAAGGUGGGAAAAAAUUAGAUGAAUUGCUGAAAGUUAGUACGCGGGAAAAGAUUCCGAUGAACCAACAUUAAAUGAUUUGUUUU